CUGGAUCGAGGCAGCAAACGCAGCAUGUUGAUGCUCCAAGCCUCGCGGUAUUUCCGUUACCCAGAAUCCUUUGGUCCUCCUUUCUGCCUGAACCAACAUGCCCAAGGGAAAGAAGGCUAAGGGGAAGAAGGUGGCACCUGCCCCUUCCGUGGCCAAAAAACAUGAGGCCAAGAAAGUCGUCAACCCCCUGUUUGAGAAGAGGCCCAAAAACUUUGGCAUUGGCCAGGAUAUUCAGCCGAAGCGUGAUUUGACCCGCUUUGUUAAAUGGCCUCGUUAUGUGCGCCUGCAGAGGCAGCGCUCCAUCCUCUACAAGCGUCUUAAGGUUCCUCCUGCAAUCAACCAGUUCACUCAGGCUCUGGACCGCCAGACAGCCACUCAGCUCUUCAAGUUGGCACACAAGUACCGGCCAGAGACCAAGCAGGAGAAGAAGCAGAGGCUGCUGGCUCGUGCUGAACAGAAGGCUGCUGGGAAAGGAGACACGCCCACCAAGAGGCCUCCUGUUCUCCGUGCAGGUGUAAACACUGUCACAACUCUGGUGGAGAGCAAGAAGGCUCAGCUGGUUGUCAUCGCCCACGAUGUUGAUCCAAUUGAGCUGGUCGUGUUCUUGCCUGCUCUCUGCCGCAAGAUGGGUGUCCCAUAUUGUAUCGUCAAGGGCAAGGCCAGACUGGGCCGACUGGUGCACAGAAAGACGUGCACUUCUGUGGCUUUCACACAAGUUAACCCUGAGGAUAAAGGGGCACUUGCUAAACUCGUGGAAGCCAUCAAAACCAACUACAAUGACAGAUUUGAGGAGAUCCGUCGUCAUUGGGGAGGCAAUCUCAUGGGUCCCAAAUCCACAGCCCGCAUUGCUAAGUUGGAGAAGGCUAAGGCCAAGGAACUGGCUACCAAGCUUGGUUAAUAUGUUUGGAAUAAAAAAUCUAUGUCCUAAUUUAA